AUGCAUGGCUAUGGAAUGUACCUCUAUUUCUCUGUUGGAGCAGACAAGCGCUUCACGGGCUUCUCGAUGAACGGCAAGUUUGCCUCGGGAGCUGCAGAACAGGAGGAGGCCACUAUGAAGGCUUUCUUGCAGGAGUAUGGCACUCAGUGCGUUCAGAGUGCAACAGCAGCCUUACGAGAUCUGGUAGAGAAGGCAGCUGCCGAUGGUGUACCAGCAGACUUCUUGGUUGCCAAGGACGGGGAUGGCAAGGCCGAAAAGAGUGUAGAGGACAUGGUGUCGGCACCGUAUCCAGAAGCUUCUGUGGCGACGCAGGCUUCACUGCAAGCCUUUUCAGCGCGGCUCUUCGCAGAAGAGCAGCCGCUGCAAGUCUCCAUUUACACUGGUCUCAGCAACAAGAAAUUGAUGCUGUCACUCAAUGAGGAAUCCUCGUUUUCUUGCCUUGGCGCAGAAGACGUGCGGAUGGAUGGGGCAAGACUAAAGCGACAGCAGCUGCAAGUUGCAGGCCAGGCGGUGGAGUUUUUCUUGGACUCUGAAGCCGCAGGAGCUUUGCGGGUCCUGGUGCUCGUGAACAUGGCUUCCGAGUUCGAGUGGGAAGCCGCAAAAUGGAAGCUUGUACAUUGCGAAAGUGCGUGA